AACAACAAUAACAACAACAACAACAAAAACAACAACAGCAACAAUAACAACAUCAACAACAACAACAACAACAACAACAAACACCACAACAACAACAACAACAACAACAACAACAACAACAACAACAACAACAACAACAACAACAACAACAACAACAACAACAACAACAACAACAACAACAACAACAACAACAGCAACAACAACAACAACAACAACAACAACCAACACCACAACAACAACAACAACAACAACAACAACAACAACAACAACAACAACAACAACAACAACAACAACAACAACAACAGCAACAACAACAACAACAACAACAACAACAACAACCAACAACAACAACAACAACAACAACAACAACAACAACAACAACAACAACAACAACAGCAGCAUCAACAACAACAACAACAACAACAACAACAACAACAACAACAACAACAACAACAGCAACAACAACAGCAACAA